AUGGUACGAGUCACCAUUCUGCAUCCUGAUCUUGGGAUUGGAGGAGCCGAGCGGCUGAUUGUAGACGCAGCGACAGGCCUAAAAGAGCGAGGACAUUCGGUUCGAAUCGUUACCAAUCAGUACGAUAAAAACCACUGUUUUCAAGAAACUCUCAAUCUAGACAUCUGCACUGUUGUUAAAUGGAUCCCUCGCUCAUUUUUCGGAAAAGGCCAUGCCCUACUCGCCUACAUCAAAAUGAUCGUAGCAGCAUUCUACAUAGCACUUUUCUACCGAGAUACAGACGUCGUUCUAUCAGAUUCAGUUUCUGCCGGCCAAUUUGUUCUCAGAUAUUUAUCAAAUGCGAAACUAGUCUUUUAUUGUCACUAUCCAGAUCGACUUCUGACGAAAAGAAACGGCCAGUUGAAGGCUGCUUACCGGAUAGUGAUAGAUUGGAUAGAAGAAUGUUCAACGGGACUGGCGGAUGUCAUCUGUGUUAACAGCAAUUUUACAAAAGGAGUUGUUCAGGAAACGUUCAAAUCAUUGCAAUCCAGAGAGUUGACUGUUUUGUAUCCAUCAUUAAAUACAGCGUUUUUUGAUUCAAUCCAGCCUUCAGACCAUUUUGGAAACGAUUUUAACAUUGAUGCCAAAUACAUUUUCACAUCUUUCAAUCGGUUCGAAAGGAAGAAGAACAUUGUUUUGGCAUUGGAUUCUUUUGCCCAGCUAAAGUCCAAUUUUUCAACUUCCGACUUUGCGAAGUUUCAUUUGAUAAUUGCUGGCGGAUAUGAUAAGAAUAACCUGGAAAACAUUGAGCACUACGACGAAUUGAAAAAACACGCAGAAGAUCUCGGUUUGACAGAUAACCAGGUCACAUUUCUCCGAUCGCCUUCUGAUGAGGUGAAGAUAAACAUUAUCAGAAAGAGUCGAGCAGUUUUGUACACUCCUGAUCGUGAGCAUUUUGGAAUCGUUCCAGUAGAAGCUAUGUAUUUGGGGACACCAGUAAUAGCAGUCAACACUGGAGGUCCACGUGAAACUGUGCGAAACAACGAAACAGGAUAUCUUGUUAAUCAAAACGCCGAAGAGUUUGCAGAGAAGAUGAAGGAGAUUCUGCAAGAUGAGAAGAAAUAUCAAAAAUUGAGCGAAGAAGGACCGAAAUGGGUGCAACGGACGUUUGCGUUUGAGGCAUUCUCCCGGAAAUUAGAUGAAAUUGUUCUAUCUGUUCUGUGA